CGUUUAAAAUUAAAAGAAGAAAUAUUUUUGGGAGUCGAUUAUAUAUUAUUGUUUAUUUUUCUUAGGUUUUUCGUAAAAUUAUGCUUAUUAUGUCAACAGUUAGAUGAGAUUAUAUCUCCAAGUCAAUUGUAAAUAUUAAAAUAAUUGUAGUAAUAACUUGCUGUAGUUACUGUUGAUUCUGAACCCCAUCACUAUCAUGGAUAGGUUUGAAUAUAUUGAGGCUCGAUUAUUUGAUGGUGAAAAUUAUCUAAAGCGGGAUAAGAAUGUGAAAAUAUAUGACGGUGAUGAUAAGACUCAGUUUAUUGAUGGUGAGGUAGUUCUGACGACUCACAGGAUACUAUGGGGCAAGCCAGGGGACAUACCUAAAGGACUAGUAUGCUUGUCUCUGCAUUUGUACUAUGUAUUUUGUCUGGAAGAGGAGAGCGGAGGAGUUUUUGGUUUGGGUGGACCUAAGCGCAUCAUAUUGCAUUUGGGGCCAGCUUUACCUGGUAAACGACCAGGUCCAGCUGUAGUCAGUCCUUAUCACUUUGUAAAGUUUUCAUUCAAAGAUGGAAUUGAUACAGCAUUUUACAAGGCUCUUAGUGAUGCUGUAGCUGCUAAAGCCUGGGAGAGAUCUACACCAACAUCACCUGUCAGUUCCCUGAGCUCUGAGAACACAGCAAGACCCUCAGUUACUCCUAGAAACUCAAAGAUCCGGUCAGGAAUAGUUGGUAUUGAAAGAAGCAUAGAAGAACAACAUAGAGCUACUGAUGAAAGCAUCAGUGUUGCUUUCCAGGAUCUAACAAAACUGAUGGAAAAAGCUAAAGAAAUGGUUUCCAUUUCAAAGAAUAUUUCUACUAAGAUAAGGGAGAAACAAGGUGAUAUUUCAGAAGAUGAUACAGUAAGAUUCAAAUCUUACCUUAUGAGUCUUGGUAUUGAUGAUCCUGUCACAAGAGAUGCAUUUAGAUCUGAUUCUGAUUAUUAUAUGGGACUUGCUCAACAGAUUUCUGAUAUGAUGGUUGCUGUUUUGAUGGAUUGUGGUGGUAUAAUGUCCUUGGCUGAUGUGUGGUGUAGAGUAAACAGAGCCAGAGGUUUAGAACUUGUUUCUCCAGAGGAUUUACUUAAUGCUUGCAAACUGUUACAAACUAUUGGUGCUCCUAUGGCCUUGAGGAAGUUUCCAAGUGGUGCCUGUGUAUUACAACUAAAUAGCCACAGAGAUGAGGAAGUGGCAAAAACUACUAGUGAAAUGCUUGAAGAAAAUGGAUUCCUAACACCUGUGACAUUGUCUCAAUUGGCAAAUGUCUCCGUGUUAUUGGCAAGAGAACGUCUUUUCACCACAGAAAGACUCGGCCUGGCUUGUCGUGACGAAUCUAUAGAAGGCCUAGCAUUCUAUCCCAACUUGUUUUUGACAAAAGCGUGAUAGAAAGUUAUUACAUAGGAUUGUUUUAAAACAUUUUAUUAAUAUAUUUAGUUUCAAGACUGUGAUUUAUUUCGAUUAUGUCAACACAAGUUACUAACUUAUAUUUUUAACAUUAACAAAAUGGUAAUUUGAAACAUGUCUCAAAUAAAAACAUACUUUAUUUUUUAAAUUACUUUAACACACCACACCCAAUCUAACAUGUACAUCUUUAUUUGUUUUGUAUAUCAAAAUAUAUCUUACAUUACUAAAAGUAGCAUUGUAAUGGAUAUGUAUUGGAAAUUUGGUGUCAUGUUUACUCUAAACUGGUAGUAGUAGGAGUUCAGGUAAAUAUGCCACUGAAUUUCUGACCUAUAGUAAUGUAUCAUUCAUUCUUUAACCAAUCAACUAAUGUCUACAUAAUAUUCAAAAUAAUAAAUAGUUCUUUUAAUCCUAAA